GGAGAUACAUACAAUAUCAGUCUCGGGGAAGCGCUUCAGCUCGCCCAACUUACAGCGAGCCGCGAGACGUGGGCACGACUGAACCCGUCAACGCUGUUGUAAUUCAGGGGUAAUAACAAAUCAAUGUCCUCACUGAAAUGGAGCAACUCAAACGAACCUCUACGGCUAAUUUCACCACCUACAAAUAUACUCAGCUCUCCGAAGGGAACUGCUUUCGCCUCGCCCACAUCCUCCCCGGCAACUACACAGACACCAUAGAAUGCACGCUAAGCACCCACCCCUUAUCCCCAUCCCCAUCCCCAUCCCCAUCCCCAUCAGCCCCCUUCGAAGCCCUAAGUUAUGCAUGGGGACCCCCCGAAAUCACAACCACGAUACAGCUCGACGGCCGCGCCUUCAGUGUGACCACCGGCUUGCACACGGCGCUGCGGCGACUCCGCUGUGCAGACCGCGAGAGGACCGUCUGGAUCGACCAGUUGUGCAUCAGCCAGUCCGAUGACGCCGAGAAGGCGGUGCAAGUAGGGCACAUGGGCCUUAUCUACGAAGCGGCGCAGAGGGUGGUGGUAUGGCUUGGGGACGAGGUAGAGAGCCCCGAGUUUGACUCUGAGCUCGGCGCCGGUGGGAUGACGGUGGAGCAGGCUGAGGCGGAUCCGCGCAACCGUGCGAGGGUCUCUCGGCGGCGGAAGAAUGAUGCAGUCCUUGUGGGGAAGGUCCUUGAGGGUGGUGAGAUGUCCGAUUGGGAGCGAAUUUGUGCUGCGCUCGAUAUGCUGAGGGAUGUGGCGGGAGGGAAGCAUGCGGGCCAGGUGCCAUAUAUCCGUUGGGGUGAGGCAUCGGAGGACUGGGAGCUGGCAAAGGCCGUGUCGGAUGGGAUGAAGCUGCUGCUCAAACGGCGGUGGUGGAACCGCAUCUGGGUCGUACAGGAGACGGUGCUGCCGCGUGAUGUCCUCGUCGUCAUCGGGUCGCAAGUCGUGCCGUGGAUUGUCCUGGGCGAUGCGGCGAGGAACUGGGUGCAGCACUGCCAGUCUUGCUGUAGAUUGUCGUUUGGUUCUAUUCCCCAGGAUCAACAGCGCCCCUUCGUUCGCUUUGCGAGCAUCAUGCAGGGGAUUUUCUUGGCGCGCACGCUCCGGGCGCAGAAGCAGCUCGGCAUCGAGCGCGCAGUGGAGAUGUUCCGCUGCCGCGCGGCGACGGACGACCGCGACAAGGUCUACGGGCUGCUGGGGCUGCUGCCCUCCGACUCGUACGCCGACUGCGACAUCCAACCCGACUAUACAAGCCCUACCAUCGAAGUGUAUGCCCGGCUGGUCAAAAACUGCAUCGACAGCCUGUACGCGCUGCACAUGCUCGUCGACAUCACCAGCGGACGGCCCGAUUUUCCAUCCUGGGUCCCUGACCUCGCUGCGUUUGAGACGGUUGGUGAUGUCGAGGCACGGAGUAGCCUCUAUGAGUUUUACCGUGCGUGGAACUGGUAUACAAAUGCCCGGGUGCAUGAUAAUCGGGUAAUGUCAGUGUCUGGAAUCCGGGUGGAUAGGAUUGCUGUCGUGGGGGAGCAGUUGACGAUGCAUAACGGCUGGGGCAGGACUGGUGCCAUGAUCCAGUCGUGGCACGAUUUGAUGGUUACUCAUGGGGUGGCGGACGAGCCGUACGUUACUGGAGGGACAAGGGAAGAGGCCUUCAUUCGAACAGUGACGGGCGAAUUGAUCGCGACGAACAAUUUAGUCAUUCAGCACCGGCAGCUCGCGGCGAGUUGGCUUUCAAGGUCCUUUUGGAGCGGAGUAUGGAGCCUCGUCAAGGGCUCCAUAUCGAGCCUAUUGUGCUGGACCUCAGAUCCAGAUCCACUGGAGUUUGAGACCAGGCGGUCCGGCCCCGAGGAUUGGGGGCUGUUUUCGCGCUGGCUGGCCCGCAUCAAAGCCGUCCAGCCCAACCGGUGCGACCACGGCGACCCGGCCACGGACCCGUCGUUUGGCUUCACGCUGACCAUCCCGAACACCUGCGACGAACGCCGCUUCUACAUGACGGAGAGCGGGUAUAUGGGUGUGGGGUCUCCGAAUGCUCAGCCCGGCGACGAAGUGUUUGUCCUAAAGGGUAGCUUUGUCCCGUUCGUGCUCCGGCGGCGAGACGCUGUGGCUGCUGCAGGGUUUACUAGAGCGGAUGGGUCCAACUCGUUCCUCCUCGUGGGCGACUGCUACUUGCAGGGCGUCAUGGACGGUGAGGCUGUGCAGAAGUGGCCGGAGAGGAAGCAGUGCGUCUGGCUCUUGUAGCCUUUGUUCAUUUACGGAUCUCCUUUCCGUUUGUGAUAUCUCAAUUGGUUACGCUCCUGAUAUUUAACACAUGGCGCUAUAGGGGGGUUUUGGUCACUGUACUGAAGAUUGAUUGUUCUGCGAUGAGGGGGAGAAUUUGUGGGUUUUUCUUGGAGUCUGUAACCUUAAAUAAUCAGGUUGCACACUAUUGUUCGAAUGUGUAACUGAGUUAUAUAUUGCUUACUAAUAAACGUUUAUUAUUCGAGAGCCAGAUUAUGAGAAUUGAAAGUACUUUAUAAGGGCAUUAUAUAUUAGCUAUAGUUCUUGUAUUACUCUUUACUUAAACAUAAUCUAACUGACUUAUUAGCGUGCCCA